GGUCUGUAAAAGGACAGCGAAGAAGAACUUCAUCAAAACAUCUUCCAACAUGAGAGGAAAGGAGGCCAACCUAACAGGCGUUUAACUGUUCUAACUGCAAGCUGUUGAGCUGAACAUAAACAAAUGUGGAGGUUAAACAAAGUCCGCCUCAAAGCUGGCCGACCAGGAGACAGCGUCGAGGAGCUGAAGUUAAAGAGGCGAGAACACGAGAAAGCGCUCAGACAAGCCCGCAGAGACAGACAACUUGUGAGUAAAAGACUCCUCCUGAAUGACGAUGACGACCAUUCAGAGGUCACCAUGGACUUCAACUCUGGAGCACAGGAUGUGGUCGGUCUUCUUCAUAAACUUCAGCACAGCGGGCCGGAGAGGGACACCCACCUGAAAGCUUUGAGUAAAGCUCUCCGGGAUCCAUCGGCACAACUCACCUUCAUCAAGCAGGAGAAUAGUAUGCAUCUUCUGGUUGGUCUCCUCACUGGCUCUGAUGCUACAUGCCGUCUGCAGGCGGUUCGGUGCCUGCAUGAGCUGUCUCACUCCCCCCACACAAGCGUGGCUUCAGCCUGUCUGCCUGCAUCCCCCUACCUACUCACCUACCUCUCCGGACAGAGCACCAAGUUCACUGAACUCUGUCUCUACACGCUUGGUAAUUUAUGCCCAGAUAGUGUUGUGAAAGAGAAGCUCCUGGCACAGGGGAUCGUGCCAGCUCUGGCUAGUUGUUUAGAGAACCAAAGACACAACCUGGCGGUGGUGGAAGCUGUCGGAUUCACCCUUUCUCAGCUUCUCCAGGCCAGCAAUGCAGCAGAGAAAAUAAUCCCGAUGGUCCUGGCAUCCAGUUUACCUUCACAUUUGUUAUCAGUCCUGACUCCUGACCCGAAGUUUGGCCUGGGACCUGCCAUUGAGUGUGCAUGGUGCCUGCACUACCUAACAUGCAGUAUGAGGGACCACAGAGUGCUGCUGGCUCAUGGUGCCCUCUUGCAAUGCAGUUCCAUGUUAGUGUCACUAGGUAGUGCUGUGGCUAAAAACAAAGAAGAAGGAAUGGAGCUGCUGAUCUGUCCUCUGCUGAGGUGCGUGGGAAACCUGCUCUCCUCCUGUCCACUGACGGACCUCAGCGCUCAAGUGGGCGACGUUCGUAUCGUGGUGGCUCUGUUUGCACUGCUGCAGGCCUUCCUGCACACCCAGCCAGCACUGGCUAGAGAGAGUGCCUGGGUUCUCAACAACCUUACCGCUCACUCCAGUGCUCUCUGCUCCGCCCUGCUAACUCUCAACUUGGUCCCUGGUCUGAUCCAGCUGCUCCCAUUCUCUCAGGGCAUCAACACCAUGAUCCUGAGGGUUCUAGCAAAUAUUGCCCACAAGAAAAAGGAUUUCUGUGUCCAGCUGGCCUGUCAUGGAUUGCUGUGUGCACUCUGUGCCACUCUUAAAAUGGCCGACCAAGAGAUGGUGACCCUGAGUAUGGAUGUCCUUUUCAUGCUGGUAGUUAGUAGUCCACAGGUGGCAGAGGAGUUUGUGAAGCAACGCGGGCUCUCAUUGUUAGAAGCCACUCAGUACAACAGUGAAGGAGAGAUUAGACGGAGAGCAACACAUCUACUCGAGCACCGCCUGCUGUCAUACUCAUCCUUUUAAAGGUAGACAACAUCCCAUGUUCCUGAAGGGAGCAGCGCUGCAUUUAAUUCACAGCUGUGUGCAACUGUGUCUCUGAAAGAAAAAACAAAGGAGCGUCUGAUAGCUCAGGAUAACUGUGUUUUAUAUUUGUCCUUUUUAAUACAUUUUGAUCUUGAUAUAGUGGUAUUUCAAUGUUUACUGUCUUCAGUGUUAUCAAUGGAACUGUAGUAUAUGUAAAUGAAAUAUUGUUAUUUUAACAUAUUAAACUUUGUACCUCUUUUA